GACCUGACCGUGGUGGACCUGGUCUCGCUGGAGAGGAGGGUGCUCAAGACGGGCUAUUCCGCCCACACAAUGGGCGUGGCCUACUCGCUCGACGGCUCCAAGGUCUACACCGUGGCUGCGGACGGCCUCCGCGGACCUCGUCUGGUGGAGGUGAACGUGUCCUCAGGAGAAGCGACGCCCCUGGGAAAAUGGAGCGCCGAGGGGGAGGGGGGCGCUAACCUCAGCUCCCCCUCCGUCGACCCCGGCUACGUCAGCAUCGCGAGGCAGAUCCAGUUCCCGACGACCCAGGGGGACUUCGCCUAUGGGUACCUCUACAUGCCCAAGAACAAGGACUACCGUGCGCCCCCGGGGACGCGUCCCCCCUUGCUCGUGAAAGCCCACGGAGGCCCGACAUCCGCGGCCACCAAGACCUACAGCCCGGCCGUCCAGUUCUUCACCUCUCGGGGCUUCGCCAUCCUCGACGUCGACUACAGGGGGAGCACCGGCUACGGCACGCUCUACAGGACCAAGCUGCACGAGAUGUGGGGCGUGUACGACGUGGACGACGUGCUUGCGGGCGCCGCCUACCUGGUACAGGAGGGCCUCGUGGACCCGACCGCCUGGCAUUCGACGGCGGGUCCGCGGGCGGCUACACGGCGCUCUCGGCGCUCGCCAUCGCCGGCUCCAAGUUCAAGGCGGGCGCCAGCUUCUACGGCGUGUCAGACCUGCAGCUCCUGGCGCGGGACACGCACAAGUUCGAGAGCCGCUACCUGGACGGCCUCGUCGGGAAGCUGGACAAGCACCUGGAGCGCUACGUCUCCCGCUCGCCCUUCAGGAACCACGCCAAGCUCGACGUGCCCACCGUCUUCUUCCAGGGCACGGAGGACACGGUCAGUGGAGGGGCGGAGGCGGCCGGAGGGAUGCGUGUAUGCGAAUGGGUUGGGUCAAGGACAGAUUUAUGUGCCAUGA